UCCAUCCACUAAUUAAAUUUAAAUUUAUAAGCAAGUGUGUUUUCCACUUCUCAUCUACUUGCAGGGGGUUAUUGAUACUAAGAUUCAAUACAGCGUUUCUCUCCGAAAAGAAUUGAAGGAUGGGUCAAGCAUUCGGUUGUUAUCAAGUAGAUCAGUCAAAUGUGGCUAUCAAGGAGCACUUCGGAAAAUUUUCUGAUGUUCUAGAACCUGGAUGUCAUUGCCUGCCUUGGUGUUUUGGGUAUCAGAUUGCUGGUCGUUUGUCACUGCGUGUGCAGCAACUUGAUGUUCGAUGUGAGACAAAAACAAAGGAUAAUGUCUUUGUCACUGUGGUUGCAUCUGUGCAAUAUCGUGCUGUGUCUGAGAAAGCUUCUGAUGCAUUCUAUAGGCUUACCAACACACGGGAGCAGAUCCAAUCAUACGUGUUUGAUGUUAUCAGGGCCAGUGUACCAAAAUUGGAGUUGGAUUCUGUCUUUGAGCAGAAAAAUGAUAUCGCAAAGGCUGUAGAGGAGGAGCUUGAGAAGGCCAUGUCAACUUAUGGAUAUGAGAUAGUCCAGACCCUCAUUGUGGAUAUAGAGCCUGAUGUUAAUGUCAAGAGAGCAAUGAACGAGAUUAAUGCAGCUGCUAGAUUGAGGUUGGCUGCAAAUGAGAAGGCUGAAGCGGAAAAAAUUCUGCAGAUCAAGAAAGCUGAGGGAGAAGCAGAAUCCAAAUAUCUGUCAGGACUCGGUAUAGCUCGCCAACGUCAGGCCAUUGUGGAUGGACUGAGGGACAGUGUUCUUGCAUUCUCUGAGAAUGUGCCCGGGACAACAGCUAAAGACGUCAUGGACAUGGUGCUGGUGACUCAGUACUUUGACACCAUGAAGGAGAUAGGGGCAUCUUCAAAGUCUUCAUCAGUGUUCAUACCACACGGUCCUGGUGCGGUUAAGGACAUCGCUGUGCAGAUUCGGGAUGGUCUUCUUCAGGCAAGCGCGACAAAUUAAGCUUUCCUGGGGCUGUAAAUAACAAAUAGUAUGUGUCAGAUUUUGUCAGGAAAUGCUGUGUGUAAACUUUGAAUGUCUGCGUCUUUACUCUUAUAGCAGUGUGUUUACUUUUAUACCUGAAGUGCUGAUGUGCAGUUUUGAAUUCCUGUUUUAUUGUCUAGUUGCUUGUCAAUCAUACUGUUGGAGGCUUUGUUAUAUAACAAUUGCUUCCCGUAAGAUUUUCUUUUUUUGGUUCCUAUCUUGUAAGUUGGAAGUGAAUGUGUAAAUUUGCAGUGCUCUAUGUAUACAAUUUAGUUCACCUCUCUC